AUGCCUGAACUGGGGCUUACACAUUCCCCGAAUAAGCAGCAUCAAGAUGAGGGUCCUUCAAACAAUGCAGACUCGGCGUCUCAGAAGGUGGGGACUGUAUUAUCAGUUCAGGAUAGUCCUCUAUCCAGCAUCCCCAGAGGAACAUCUUGGGAGGACGGCCAAGCGACGGAAGGCAUAGAUCAGGCGCACCCUCUCCCGGUAUCACUUCCUGUCAAUACUACAAAUUCUCCAGUACUUAAGUCACUACAGGAACAUAAGUCAAAAGGCCCCUCUGAUCGUGCUGCUCGCACGUACAUCCUAGGUUCAGACAAGUCAGUUGCUGAGGUCUUGUCAUUAACUUCCGACCGUACCUCACCUAAACCAUACUGUCGGUAUCCUAGCUCAUCGCAGACCCCACCCGCGAGCCACAAUGUCUUGAGGUCCUCGUCUUCGUAUUCGGGCGCUCAGUGGGAUGGCCCAAAGGCUCAGGGUGGCGAGUUGCCUUGCGAAUCAUCAUCACAUGGGUUCAUCCACAGCGGGGCCAAUCGAUGUGCUCGGAAUGGAGCCGAAACUCUUCUUACGACGCCAGUGGAGCCCGGCGAAAGCGAAAAUACUUCGCAAGGAAAAGACGGCUGGCUGUGCCGGCGCGAAAUGCAGGUAAUAGAUAAUAACGAUUGUGGAAAAUACGCAGUGGAUGCUGAAUAUCUACUUCAUGCGCAGCGUUCGAAGAAACCGCCACAAGAAGCUGCAGAACCAGAAUAUCCAAGCGAAGAGCUCAUUCACAGUGCCAGCGUAGAUCACCCGCCAUCAGCACCAAAGCCAGAAGACCAGAUCAAGGCACGAGCACCUUACCCACCCGGAACAGCCACCCACCAGUCGAAGCACCAAUCCAACACUAUUCCCACUCCGGACGAUCGAGGUAUCCACGCUGCAGGAAAUGGAUAUCUCCACACCAAUACUAACGAGCCCACCCGCCCACACACCCCAGAAGUAGUGGUGAGGACCGUUGCCUCGUCCAGACAUAACAGCCGGUAUCUGCCCUCAUCCCCUCUCUUGAAUCUUCUUCUUUCCCAAAAUCCAACUCCACAUUCUGAAUAUUCCGGCUUCUGGUAUUUCUACUUGCCUUCCAACCCUACUUUACACGGACGACACAGCCAUAACAACACCACUGCAACAUACAUUCAACAUCCCAUCAUGAAUACCCAAUUUCACUGCAACCAGGAGGCCGCCAUGAACUCAUACUUCUAUCCCCAAAAUAUAAGCAACCAGGCUCCUGCAUACCUGGCCAUGAACACAUCGGCACACCUGGUGCCCGCCAUGGACACCUCUCUCUACCCGCAACAAUAUCACACCAACUUCUCCAGCUUUCCCGCAAUGCCCAAUUCCGGUCACCAGGUGUCCGCCACGACUACGAACUUUCAUCCUCAAUAUUUCAGUAAUGCCACUUCCCAAUAUCCUGCUAUGAGACCCUCCGCCUACCAGGCGCCCGUCAUGCACCGAUCUGUUGUACCUCCAAAUUACAACACCCCACAUUCUGGGUAUCCUGGUGUGCCAAAUUACAAUAACCAGCUACCCGCCCAGCGUAUGUUUCUGGGAAUGCAAAACCCUGGAUUAUAUCGCAUGGUGCCUACCAAUACUACGGCACCAGCAAACACUACUCGAUACAUCAAUCCAGCUAUCUUGUCUGUUUCACAGUCACCUUUCCACACAUCACCGUCGCCGCCACAACCAUCACCACUAGCCAACAAACCAACCGUCACAAUUGACCUCACCGUUGAUGAUGAUGCGGAGGGCGCUGGCCCUAAGAAAACGGUAGAGUCGGAAUUGAUCACUCUGCCUGCCACCACUACCAACACCACCGAAGCCGUCUCCACGAAACCAGCCACCCGCCCAAAACGCCCUUACUCCUGGAUCGAAUCCGGCAGCCUCCUCCCCGACAUCCCCAACGCCAAGAAACUUAAGAUGUCGGCCCAAGAGGUCAACCUCCGCCAGCAGUACGAGACCAGAGCCGCCAACUCGACCGCCAGGUUCUUCCUGGGUAUCAAACCGGUGGCCCCUACUGCUGGUGGUGCUGCGGGUGUGCCAGCUGUGGAUUGGGAGAAGGAGGUGGCCGCCCUGUCGACGGGUUCGUCGAGUAGCGUGAGAACUUCGCCGCCUAAAAGGAGGGCGAAGGUGGAGAAGAAGAAGAAGGGAAAGGAUGAGGAUGCGAAGAGGAAGGAUAUUGGAGAGGGUGCAAAGAGGAAGGUGGAGAAGGGCGGAAGAGGGGAGUUGAGGGGGAAAUUCAGAGAGAGGAAGAAGGGAAAUGAAGUGGAGGAGGUGGUCGAAGAGAGGACCGAGGAGGAUGAAGAACAAGAGGAUGAGGAAGGGGAGGACAAGGACUUGGUGGCUGCGAUUGAAGCAGCGUUUGAUGAUGAGGAAGAUGUGGAUGAGGAGGGGGAGAACGACGAGUUGGCGGCUGCUAUUGAAGCUGCAUUCGAAGACGAGGAAGAUGAGCAGGAGAAUGACGACCUGGCCGCCCAGAUAGAGGCUGCGUUUGAAGGAGACGAGGAGGAGGAACAAGGGUCGCGGACGGUCACGGAUGGGGAUGCGGAACUCAAGGCUGCUCUGGAAGAUCCGUACUUGGUGCCGGUGGUGAAAGAGCAGGAAGAGUGGGGAGAAUUAGUUAUUGAUGAAAACCCGUUAGCACCGGGUGAAAUGCCAAAACCGUGA